AUGAACAGUGACACAACUAAUAACACAAACACUUCUACAAAUAUUUAUUCAACAGCAAGACCUUCCGAGAUUUCCGUUGAUAACUACGUUCAAUCUCUAACAGAGCUUAACACUCUGUCAAAAUAUAACGGUCAGGACACUUAUUUUUAUUUAUUACGACAACUUGCAAUCAGUACUUUAUCCAGUGGAAAUCAGAAUAUUGAGAUAUUAAAUCAUCUUUUGAUCGAAAAAAUCAAAGAAAUUUCUAUUGAUCCACUACUUUUAAAUAUAUUUUGUAAUUCGAUCAGUAACAACAACCAGCUUAAAGUUUUUAAUUUAGAUAGUUUUUUGGAAAGCAAAGAAAUCAAUCUUCCAUUUAUUCUUUCCACAACUACUCAAAAAUAUCAAACCAUAAUGGGCAAUUAUGAUAAUAUUGAUCAAAACAACAAUUUGACUUUACCAAAAAUUCUGUUAGAUUUGGGUAGUAAAUGUUGUAGUACUGCUGACUUAUUCAAUGAAGUGUUGGCUAAAUUAGGUGUUAAUUCUUCUGCAUCUGGUGAAAUCAUUAAAGAGGUUGAAGUUGCUCGUGCACUUGGUGUUAUGGCACUCACAACUGCCAAUUUUGGUGAUGACAGUGGCAGUGUUCCUUGGAAUCAAUCAAAAGAUCUUUCCGAUAAUAAUAAUCAAAAUUGGAAUGUGGAAAUAUUUGUUUCAUCUUUAUCCGAACUGCAACCUCACCUAGAUUGGGUAAAGGUGAUAAAACUACUCGACUACCCCGAAUUUACUAUUAAAGAUAUUAAAGGAGUUCAACUAAUUUUAACUGGUUUUAGAAAAGCUGUAAAGGAUCAGCAACCUUUUCCAAUUCAUUUAUUUUGGGGCAAUUGGAAUAAUCUCAAAGGGCAAUUUAGUUUUUUACGUCAUCUUGUACAACUCUCAUCAAAUGCUUUUAACAUUAACGAUUAUCCUAUUCAAAAAGUUUUAACCACUAACGAUUUUCCUAAUUCUCUCACGCAUUUAAAAUCCUUGCCUGGAAUUUUGACAUCUUGUCCAUGGAAUUCACUUGAAUUAGUUGAAACAUUGAUAAGAAUGGCUGAUUCUGAUUUGCAUGAAGAUGUUAAGGUCACCUUUGAGCUAUCAAUUAAGCAGGCUCCGGAAUUAAUAUGUUUAGGUCUAGCUCAAAUUCAGAAACCAUGGAAUUCUUUACAUAUGGAAUUUGUCAACAGAUUAAUAUCAACAUUUUUGACAAGUCACCUUAAUUCAACAUUGGUAUUAUCUUAUUUAUGGCAUAUUGACAAUAAACUUUUUAUUGAAAGUUGCCUUGAAAUGUACAGAAAAGAUCAUUUCACUAUUACAAGAUUAUUAGAUGUAUCACAAGAAUUAAAGGUAUUAAAUUCAUUGUUAGAAGUUCAAUAUUUCUUGUUUACUAUCGAUUUAGCAGCCCUUGCAUCUAGAAGAGAAUACCUAAAUUUGGAAAAAUGGCUCCAAGAAAAACUUGACAAGCAUGGCGACAAAUUUGCCCAUGAUUGUAUGGAAUUUCUUAAACAAAAGAUUGCAUUAGAAAUUACUCAUGAAGUAAAUGGUAGCGAUCAAGCUGUUCGCUUAACAGAUGAAGUUGUUCUUAAAUUUUUAAGGGUUAUUUCUAAUAGCAAUAUGACUCCAGAAAAUGAAGAAUACUUUAAGGAAAUUCGUAAAAAAUUAGCACAAAUAUACCCAUCUCUUAGCAUUAUUCCACUUGAUGUUAGUAUUCCUCCUCAAUUAGAACAAUCUUUUCCCGCUGAAACUGAAGAGAUUGCCAAUCUAUAUUUUGAAAAAGUUUAUCGCCAAGAAAUAGAAAUCGAUGAUAUGAUUAAAGAUUUACAAAGAUUAAAAAAUUCUCAGGAUUCUCGAGAAUCUGAAAUUUUCUCUUGUAUGAUACACAAUUUAUUUGAUGAGUAUCAAUUCUUACCAAAAUAUCCUCAAAGAGAACUGAAUCUAACAAGUAUCAUUUUUGGAUCUCUCAUUAAAUAUCAACUUGUGGGAUAUGUAACGCUUGGUGUUGCUCUACGAUAUAUACUAAGUGCUCUUAAGAAUACUGUAGAUUCUAAAUUUUAUAUUUUCGGAACUCAAGCACUAAUUCAAUUUCAAUCAAGGCUUCCCGAAUGGCCGCAAUACUGUUCACAUCUUUUGCAAAUUCCUCAAUUACAACAAUCUCAUCCAGAUAUUAUACAAUAUGAACCUGUUAAAAACAGUAUAAAUAAUGAUUUUACAAACUACACUAAACAAUCAAAUAAAGCAAUCGACAAACCAAUUUUUACAGCAUUAACUCUGGACACACUUUUAGCAGCUGACAAAGCUGAUUACGAAAUUCCGAGUGAAGCAAUUCAAGAUAAAAUUUUUUUUAUUAUUAAUAAUGUUGCUCAAAAUAACUUUGAAACUAAAGUUGCUGAAAUGAAAGUAAUUCUUAAAGAAUCACAUUAUAAAUGGUUUGCUAAUUAUAUGGUUGUCAAAAGAGCUAGUAUUGAAUUGAAUUAUCAUCAACUUUAUAAUCAAUUCCUUGAUGCUCUUGAAGUACCAGAACUUUAUUAUCAUAUUUUACAUGAAACUUUUUCAAACAUUAAAGUAUUAUUGAAUUCCGAAAAAACAGUACAUUCUUCAUCUGAAAGGUCUUUAUUAAAAAAUCUUGGAUCUUGGCUUGGUAGUCUGACGCUUGCCAAAAACAAACCUAUUAGACAUAAGAAUAUAGCAUUCAAGGAAUUACUAAUACAAGGUUAUGAUAGUAAUAGAUUGAUAGUGGUUAUUCCAUUUGUCUGUAAAGUCCUUGAACAAGCAGGAAACAGUAAAGUUUUUAAACCACCAAAUCCAUGGUCGAUGGCAAUCAUUAAACUCCUGGUGGAAUUGUAUUACAACGUAGAGUUAAAACUAAAUUUGAAAUUUGAAGUUGUGGUUUUGUGUAAGAGUUUGAAUAUUGAGCUCAAAGAUAUCACACCAACAACUAUUCUCAACAAUCGUCCUCCAAAGGGAUCAAUUGUUUUACAAACAGAACCACCUUCACCAGAAUUUGAAAAAUGGCCUACAAAUAACUCUUCUAAGAUUGGACAUCAAAUAUCUAGGCCACCAAGUACUCCACUUACACAAAAUCCUCCAUCUUCAUUACCUUUGAAUGAUGAUAUUAUUUCAAAUAUUUCUCAAUAUAUUACAUUCAACCCUACAUUGUCUAUAUUUGCUAAUCAACCCAAUUUGAGAAAAAUCAUUAUUACUCCUGUAGUUGAAAGAUCUGUUAGUAUUGCAAGCAUUUCCACCCAUGAAUUAAUUAUUAAGGAUUUUGCUAUGGAACCAAACGAGGAAAAAGUGCGCAAUGCUGCACAUUUAAUGGUACAAAAUUUAGCAGGAAGCCUAGCCUUGGUUACAUGUAAAGAACCUCUUAAAAUCAGUAUGGCAACACAUCUAAGAAAUUUAUUUUUGGAAAAUAUUUAUAGUGAGCAAAAUAACGUUGAACAAGCAAUUUUAAUUCUUGUUUCUGAUAACCUUGAGUUGGCAUGUUCAGUUAUUGAAAAAGCGGCAAUAGAUAAAGCGGUGCCUGAGAUUGAUGAAGCAUUGUCAUCUUUAUUUAGUAAUCGUAAAAAACACAGUGAGAGAACUAGCCAACCAUAUUAUGAUAUGUCAAUAUAUUCUGGUGCCUCAAGAUUUGCUAAUAAUCUACCUGACCCUUUACACUUAAAACCUAAUGGAUUGCAGCCACAACAACUACAUGAACAUGCCCCUAGAUCGGCUAUGUCUAGACAAGACUUCCAAAUUAAUCAUCCAUACACUAUGGUAGAAAUGCCAUAUGAUGCUGUUUCUACAGCAGCAGUAUCUCAAGUUCCAGCGCAUAUUACAUUUCACCAAAUCAACAAAAUACCACAAGCUUCUUGGUCAGCUUUACCACCUAAUCAUGAAAUAUGCAUUCUGGUUAAAGAAAUACCAAUCUUGGCAACUCAGACCUAUAACCGUGAUGAGACAGCUUUGAUGUUCUCACAAAAAAUCAUGCAAUUUUUAUAUAAGAAUGAUUUUAAUUUUUCUCGAGAAGUUUAUGUUAUUUUGCUUGAAAAGCUUUGUGAAAUUUCUCUAAAAGUUUUCAAAGAAGUUACAGCAUGGUUAUUAUAUUCUGAUGACGAACGUAAAUUUAUUGUGCCUGUGGUCAUUUUAUUGAUCAAAGCUGGUCUCGUCAAUGUUGUUGAUCAAGAUUUACAGCUUGCUAAAUUGAUUGAAGAUGGAAGAUCUGUUGUUAUAGACUUUACAACAAAAUUAAUUCAUGAAUGUGUUCUUAAAGAUCCACCAUGUGCUACUCGUAAUGAUUUUAUAUAUUCAUUAGAUGCUUUAACCCGACUUACUCAAAGGGGCAAAGCAACUGAAGCUGUUAUACAAUUAUUGGAUGAUUUGUACCCUCGUAUUAUCAGAAAUAAUAUUGUUAUUAAUAAUAUUGAUGAAAUCGAAUUGCAUGAUCAACUAGCACAUUUCUUUACAGAAUGGAUUAGAGUUUAUCAGGAUCCAUCUUCAGGUGAAAAGGCUUAUACUAGUUUUAUUCAGAGGCUACAACAACAAGGGGUGUUAAAAGGGGAAGAAAUAUCUUCAAUGUUCUUUAGGGUUUGCACUGAAACUAGCAUAGAGAUUUACCUAAAACAAAGAUCACUCCACCAAAUUACACCUGCUGUGGCUUAUCAAGCAAUUGAUGCCUUUUCUAAACUUAUUGUUCUAUUGGUGAAAUACCACACAGACCCUGAGGGUAUUGAUGAUAAUGUUGCAAAAAUUUCUUACUUGACAAAGAUACUGUCAAUAGUAAUACUGAUUUUAGCACAGGCACAUGAACAACAUAGUCAACAAUUCAAUCAAAAACCAUUCUUCCGAUUGUUCUCAAAUUUAUUAAAUGAUUUAAAUUCUUAUGAACAGCAAUUUCAAUCGAUUUAUUUUCAAAUCCUUCUAGCUUUAAGUAAUACAUUUCAUACUUUACAACCUUCCUUUUUCCCUGGAUUCACUUUUGCAUGGUUUUCAUUGAUUUCGCAUCGACUAUUCAUGCCAAAAUUAUUAUUAGCAGAGAAUCAAAAGAUGAAAGAUACUACAUGUUUAUUAUACAAAGGGACAUUACGUAUUUUACUUGUUUUGUUACAUGAUUUUCCAGAAUUUCUUUCUGGUUAUCAUUUAAGCUUUUGUGACGUGAUUCCGUCAACAUGUAUUCAAUUAAGGAACCUUAUAUUGAGUGCCUUUCCACGCACUAUGAGGUUGCCAGAUCCUUUUACACCAAACCUUAAAGUGGAUCUAUUACCAGAAAUAUCGCAACCACCGAUAAUUUUAUCUGAUUACACUUCAGCUUUAAUAACACAUUGCCUUAAAGACGAUGUUGAUGAGUAUUUAAAAUUACAUUCACCGAUUAAUUUUUUAACGAAAUUGCAUGAUAAGCUGUUGUUAGGCACUAGUCAACAAGAUACAGCUCUUAUUGUCUCCAAGUAUAAUAUACCACUCCUCAAUGCUCUUGUUCUUUAUGUUGGUAUUAAAGAUGUUUAUGAUAAUUUUCAAGGGACUUUAAUUACAACAAGUCUAUCUAUGGAUAUUUAUAAACAAUUAGUUGUUGAUCUUGAUCCAGAAGGUCGCUAUUAUUUUUUGAGUGCCAUUGCAAAUCAGCUUCGGUAUCCCAAUAGUCAUACACAUUAUUUUAGUUGUGUUUUAUUGUAUAUCUUUGCAGAAGGAAAGCAAGAGGGGAUCAAAGAACAAGUUACAAGGGUUUUAUUGGAAAGGUUGAUUGUGAACAGACCACAUCCAUGGGGGCUUUUAAUUACUUUUAUAGAAUUGAUCAAAAAUCCUCUAUAUAAUUUCUGGAGCCAUUCAUUUACAAGAUGUGCCGCAGACAUAGAACGUUUAUUUGAAAGUGUUAGCAGAAAAAAACAUGGUGGCAGUGGCAGAAACAAUCUAACAUUAGGAAAUGCUGAUGGUAGUGAUAAAAACAACAUAGCCAAUUUAUUGAAUUCAUUUACUGAUUUAUUAGAUAAAAGGACAGACAAUGACAAUCAAAAAAAGAACAUGGCAGUAGUGGCAGAAAAAAUUCGAAUUGAUGAUAAGAAUAAGAAGAAUAGUGGUAUGGAUGUGAAAGGGUAUUCAGAAUUUACAAUAGAAUCAUUGAGAAAAUUAAGAGAUCAGUUGAAAUAUUAUGCAGUUGUGGAGAUUAAAUCACAAAAGUUUCUGAUAACCAAGAAUGAUUUGGUGAUUUGUCACAGAAUAAGGGAUUUGAAUAUCGGAGAUGAAAUAAGGUUGAAUAGGGUGGUGGAGUUGGGAUCAAAAGAUUUCACAGUAUAUGGUAAACCUUUGAUAUCAAAUGCAUUUUAUAAUAUUAAAGCAGUCGUGGUUGAGAAACCAUUGGGCCCAUUUCUGGAAAAAUUUAAGAAAAAGCGUAGAAACCGUCAUAGAAAACGAAUUACACAUAAACAAACUUAUACUGUUCUCAGAAUUUCAGAACUUGAUGUUAACAAAAUAUAA